AUGCCGUCAGCAGCGGCAAGACGGAUCUACGAGGAUCAAAUCCCCUCUUUCAUGUCAGUCUUCGAUCUCGACGCCGAGACAAUCGCCGCCCAGGAAACCGUCACCCUCGUCGACCCCAAGUUGAUUGAGAUGGAGGCCGCUGGAAAGCCGUUGGGCAACCCCGUCCAACACCUCCGACCGACAAUACCUUCGGAUCCCACGCACAAGCACCACGACAGCACUUCUACCCAGGCAUCCGAGUCUGCAGAGUCAUCUCCCACAACAACGCUGUCCACAAGUGAUUCCUCCCCAUUGUCAGACCCGUCGCCUUCCUCGUCCCCAGACUCACCUGUCAAUCUCAUCCCUCUGUCCUCCUUCCCGGCAACCUCCUUCGGCGCUCUCCCCCCAAUGUCCUCCAUGAACACCCUCACGGUGUCGGACACCUCGAGCUUCGGCCGGCCAAUGACGUCUCCUUCGCCGCGCCGCCCAAAGAACAUGAAGGGUCUGUCUAUCCAGCCGCCUUUCAUGGGCAACACCGCUACAACGCUCGUGUCUGAGCCCGCAUCGCCCUCUUUCAUCAAGCCUACAAUCCCGGCAAUGAAGCGCAAGCCUAGUCAAUUGAGCCUCAACACCAAGACUUCCGAUCUUGUCAUGCGGAAUACUUUGGAGGUCCCAGGCACGCCUGGAAUGGCCCCGAUCAUGCAGAGACGUGCUUUGAAGCACUCGACUUCCUCCCCCCACAUGCUGCCCUCCUUGAAGUCGGCAACAUUCGGUCCUCCAGGUGGUGUCGGUUCCUCCUUCGAUACUACCAUCGUCGAAGAGGACUCCCCGAUCAGGACGCAGCUCGCCAGCCGCGCUGCGCUCGAUUUCGAGCCGUACCACGAGCACGAAAAUAACGAGGACCAGAAGACUCCCGGUUAUCCGGAUGGUCCGAUUGCCAUCUACGAAGACAACGUCUAUCUCUACCUAGAGCCGACAGCGGAGGAGGCCUCGAAGUUUGACACUGUUAUCAAUGUCGCGCGGGAAGUAAACAACCCGUUCUCAUUGCUGCCAAAGCCUGAUGUGCAAAUGAUGGACUCCCCUGCCGUCCUAAGCCCCAUCCCCGACACUGCUGUGUCAACUGCCAGCUUUUCCACGGCAUUCGAGUUUCCCACCGAGGGAAAGUCCGAGACCCCGACAACCCCCAAGGCAAUGUCAUUCUCGAUCAAGCGCCCAGAGUACAUUCACAUGCCCUGGGAUCAUAACACAGAUAUCGCGCAGGAUCUCAUGCAUCUAUGCGAAACUAUCGAGGCGCGAACAAAGGAGGGCAAGAAGGUUCUCGUCCACUGCCAACAAGGCGCAAGUCGAUCUGCCAGUCUCAUCAUCGCCUACGGCCUUUACCGGAAUUCCGACCUCAGCGUUAAUGAUGCCUACUACGCGGCGCAGGAAAAGAGCAGAUGGAUCAGCCCCAAUAUGAAGCUCAUGUACUGCUUGCAGGACUUUCAAAAGCAGGUCUCGAAGAAGAAAGCUCCUCCCGGAUCAGCCUUCCGUCCGCGAACUGGACGCAGCCCCACCAAGCACCGCUUGACACUGUCUGCGGAUGCUGCCAUCGACACGACGCCCAAGGAGCCCAUGACAGCCCCCCUGCCAGGAGAGAAUGAGGGCAGCUCUGGGAACUCGAGCCCGAAGAGAGGCAGUCCCACUCGGGCUCGUGGUCUGUCGACGCCUGCUAGCCAGCCAAUAUCACCUGGUCCCUCAUCAGCACCAUCGAGCUUCUCAUGCUCAGAAAGCGAGAGCAACUCUGCAAGAUUUGGCAAAUUUGAUAUCGAUCGAUUGCUUCCGCAGCUUAACCCGCCUCCCUCUGAUACUGGCUUUGCAUCAUCUUCGUCUUUUUUCGCAAAGCCGCCACCGUCGCCUGGUCCUCCUCCUUCACCUGGAUUUGGUGCACACCGAUUUGGACCCUCCGCAGGUUUUGGGUUCUCAAGCUUGAACCUGGGCCCGUCACAAGAGCACGAAGCGGAGGAAAAGCUGCCUAAGCAAUCAAAAGAACAGCACGUCGCAGUUGCGCUACCUAGCGAUGCGGCACUUAUGUCGCCGAGAGCCGAGACAAUGACGAACAAUCCGCUGCACGGCUCUUACAGCGAAUUCGCUGGUAUGCGAUUUGUUGAAGUGCCGCCAACUCCUAGCGAAGGUCUGUUCUCGCCUCGAGAGACAAUGUUCCCCAGGGAUCCUUUUUUCCCCUUUGGACGCCCCACUCAAGUUGCCGACCCACGAAGUCCGCCUACAAGAGGUGAAACGCCAAUUGUGAGGUCUAUUGAUGAGCUGCUAUGA